AUGGCCAGGACAAUCCACAACCCGGUCGUCGAGGGCAAUGCCGUUCCGGGACCGCGGCUGGUGAGGAAUACCGCGCGGAGGAGUACCGGCGGUAAGGCCGUGAAGAGGAAUAGUGGCCCUGGCGGACCCGGCCAACCCCAAUCACCACAGCAGAGGAAGAAGCACCGCUAUCGCCCCGGCACACGAGCGCUCCAAGAGAUCAGGCGAUACCAGAAGAGCACCGACUUGCUCAUUGCCAAGCUCCCGUUCUCGCGUGUGGUCCGAGAAGUGGCCCUCAACCUGUCGUCCAUCAACGCCGGCGAGCUGCGGUGGCAGUCGUCUGCGAUUCUCGCGCUGCAAGAGGCCGCCGAGGCGUUCCUCGUGCACCUGUUUGAGGACUCGAACCUGUGCGCCGUCCACGCCAAGCGCGUCACGCUCAUGACCAAGGACAUGCAGCUUGCCCGUCGUCUCCGCGGGCCGUGGGGUGGUCUGGGAUAG